ACUUUAACUUGUGGGGGGACCCAAUUGAUUAUUAUUUUGCUUCUUUAGAAAAUAUUUGCUAAAGAGGGUACUGUUCAAUGUUUGAUUUAACACCAUUAAUUUCUUUUAAAAAUUUCAUUAUUGUUCUUAUGAUGAGGCUGAUAGUCAGUUUUGGUGUCAUAUAUCUAGAAGGAUUUUUUUCCCUUGUAGAAAUGGUGGGGUCUUGGGUUUUUACUUUGAUAUGUGUUACCUGAGCCGACAGUCUUUCGGAAAACAACCUCUCUACUUCCACGAGAUAGGAAUAAGAUCCCAAGAGAUUGGACUGAAGUAUCAACAGUGCUUAAAUGGGUUGGAAAGACAAGAUUAGAACUGUGUUUCAGGGUAAUACAAAUGAGAUUGAGCUUGGAUGUGGACAUACUAUUAAGUCUCAUGGAUCAUCAGUUGCAAGAAUUCACAUGCAUGACUGGCUUAUAUUACUACUGCUUGUAGUAAUAGAGGUAGUCCUUUAUGUCAUUGGUCCAUUUCACCGGUAUGUUGGAAAGGAUAUGAUGACUGAUCUGAAAUAUCCCAUGAAAGAUAAUACGGUCCCAGUGUGGUCUGUUCCCCUAUAUGCAGUUGUAUUACCUAUUAUCAUCUUUAUUUUCGUUUAUCUUCGGAGGAGGGACAUCUAUGAUCUGCACCACAGCAUUCUAGGCCUCUUAUUUGCCGUUCUAAUUACGGCAGUAAUCACGGAUGCCAUCAAGAAUGGAGUAGGCCGUCCCCGACCAGAUUUUUUCUGGCGUUGCUUUCCUGAUGGUAAAGAUGAGUAUGAUCAGUGGGGAGACGUAAAAUGCCAUGGUAAAGCAAGUGAUAUUAAGGAAGGACAUAAGAGCUUCCCAAGCGGGCAUACCUCAUGGUCAUUUGCUGGUCUCGGGUUUCUAUCGUUGUAUUUAGCAGGGAAGAUUAAAGCAUUUGAUCGCCGAGGGCAUGUGGCAAAACUAUGCAUAGUUCUUCUUCCUCUCCUAAUGGCAUCUCUUGUUGGGGUCUCACGUGUGGAUGACUACUGGCAUCAUUGGCAAGACGUGUUCACUGGAGGAAUGAUAGGCCUUUUCGUUGCUACAUUCUGUUACCUGCAGUUCUUCCCUGCUCCAUACCAUACUGAAGGAUGGGGACCAUAUGCAUAUUUCCGGGCUGUGGAGGAGGUUCGUAGUAGCAGACCACACGUCCACCCUACUAAUGGAGGAUUAGAGACGGAACAUCCUGAGGUACAACUGAAUCAGCGAACGGGUACAACUCCCAAUCCAUUUGAGGAUGUGGAGUAUGGCAGAAUGUGAGACAUAGGAAACUGCUUAUAUUUUUGUUCAAAGUAUUUUAAUUGGCACAGUUUGUUAUUUUCUUGUGAAUAUUUAUGUUUGUUUUUGUUAAGUAUUUUAGCUAUAGGGAACUAUUUGAUUACUGAAAUUGUUUUAAUCAGUGGCAAGUUCUUUUUUUUGUGUGUGUGUAA